AUGGCUGAAAACAAUGUGGUGCCAGGACCAACAGCAUCUAAAACUCUUAAUCUUAGAACUCACUUUCCUGAAACUUGGCUCUGGCAACUCGAUACAGUUGGUGAAACUGGUAAAUUACAGAAAAUAACUGAAGCUCCACAUACCGUGACUAAAUGGCAGGGGAAUACUCUAUGUACUAAUCCUGAUGUUGGCUUCGGUUUAUCACCAGUUGCCUCUUUAAUAACAUUUCAACCUUUCUUCCUGUCUUUCACCCUACCCUACUCGGCAGUACGAGGCGAGAGAAUUCCUAUCAGAGUAACUGUUUUUAACUAUCUGGAGAAAUGUCUAUUGAUGGAAAUAAAGUUAAAUUUAUGGGGUGGUAUAGAAAUAGUACAAGGAUCAUAUCAGAAUAAACCUUUCUGUUUAUGUGGUGGAAAGAGUCAUACAACCAAAUAUUAUAUUGUACCAACAGAAAUCGGAGAACUUCCCAUUACAGCUAUCGCUGAAAUCCUACCCGGGUCCUGUGAUAAUUCUGUAGAGAUGGAUUUGAACUAUAUCGGGAUGAGAGACGCUGCUGAGAGAAACAUCCUUGUUAAGGCUGAGGGGGUACAACAGGAAUAUUCUUUAAGUAGAUAUAUCUGUCUAGAUUCUGGUAAAGAUGAGGUGGUAGAGCAGUUCGAUCUCCAGCUUCCUGAACAGUGGGUGGAUGAUUCAGCUAGAGGAGAAUUUACUGUUAUAGGUGAUAUCAUGGGUCCGGCACUGUCUAACCUAGACAACCUAGUUAGUCAGCCGACAGGAUGUGGAGAACAGACUAUGGUUACCUUCACUCCUAAUAUCUACGUAUUAAAAUAUCUACAGAGUGUACAACAAGAUACGGAGGAAUUAGAGGCUUUGGCUAAAAAUUAUAUGGAAAUAGGUUACCAACGAGAAAUGACUUUCAGACAUGAUGAUGGCUCCUUCAGUGCUUUUGGUAAAUCAGACAAGUCUGGCAGUACCUGGCUCACAGCUUUUGUCAUCCAGUCUUUCGCUCAAGCUCGGGAAUUCAUAUACAUCGACACCAAAGAUUUGGAAAAGAGCAUUAAAUUUAUUCGAACCCGGGCGAGAUUGGAGAAUGGUUGUUUCAGAGAAGUGGGGAAGGUAUUUAGCUCGUAUAUGAUGGGAGGUUUAGACACAUCGAAAGAUUCCUCCCUCACCACUCUUACUGCUUAUGUUCUUAUAUCUCUACUGGAAGCCAACGUUUCAAAAGAGGAUCCAAUGAUAAUAGAGGGUAUGAAUUGUUUGAACGCCCAGGAACCUACCGAGGAUGUCUACACCAUGUCAGUAUUAACCUACGCUAAUGUUUUAUAUAACGUAAACAGUACAGAAUCAGUUGAAGCUCUCGACAGAUUGAAUGAACAGGUUAUAAAGAAUGGUAAUAUUGAACAUUGGGCUCGAAAAGGCCCCAAACCUAAACCAGUAAAUAGUUGGUAUUAUUUUGUGGCGCCGUCUGCAGAGGUGGAGAUGACUGCUUAUGGUAUGUUAUCCCGCCUGCAUUCCACUGAUAAUAUCGGUGAUGUCGUACCACUGGCCAUGUGGAUGUCACAACAACGAAAUUCGUUUGGUGGAUAUGCUUCAACACAGGAUACAGUAGUCGGUCUUCAUGCCUUGUCGGAGUUCGCCGCCAUGUUGAAACAGGAUGGCAAUGGAGAAACUACAGAGGGAUUAAAAAUCCUAUUUCAAGGGAAAUCUCAAGAGAAUUCAUUAAACGUCACUUCCGAGAAUGCCUUACUUUUACAAACAGUAAAUUUGAAAGAGUUAUCGAACUUUUUUGAUGUAACAGCUCGAGGUCAGGGUUGUGCUCUAGUACAAGCUAAUGUUCGCUAUAAUAUAGACCCAGAUGAUCUCGAUACAGGCAAGAUCUUCGCUUUAAAAGUUUCAGCUCGACGAGAAGAAAAUGAUUGUGCUCUGAAAGCCAUGGAGAUUUGUGUCAGUUUCUACAAACAUCAGGGUUACAGUGAUGGAAUGAGUUUAGUUACUGUUUCCAUGGUAACAGGAUGGUCUGUGGAACCUAAAUCAUUGAAAAGGUUAAGAAGUAGAUUCUCAAUGUUAAAUAUGAAGAAAUAUGAAAUAGACAACACUGAUGGUUCAAUCAACUUUUACUUUGACGAGUUAGAUCACCGACAGAGAUGUUUUAAAUUUGAUUUGAUCCAGAAUAAAGAUUUGGCUGUUUCUUCCCCGAAAUCUGGCAUCGUUAAAGUCUUCCAAUAUUAUGAAAAAGAGGUAUCGGAGGUAAAAUCCUAUAGUUUAAAAACAAUUUGUGGAACUAAAGAAGAAAUCCCGAUAAAACCGCCUCAGGUGCUACCACCUAUUGAUGAACCUGAUUUCAUACAGCGGAGAGUUUUUGAUGUUAGAGGCUCUGGUGAUGAUAGUCCUAUAGUCCCGGAAAGAGUCAAUCCUUUGACACGACUGAGAGAAGUUCCAUCUCCUAGAAAAAAUAUAAAAUGUCCAGUUUGUACGAAUACACCACCUGAUAAUUUGGAUGAUUUGGUCUGUCAAUCUGGUUCGAUAUUAAAAGUGUCGGCUGGUAGAAAUGGCCGAGUGACAAUGAAACUAAAAGCUGAUCUCCGACCUCGUCGUAAACAGAGACUGGAUGAGUUCGUCAGUGUAGACUUGAACAGCCAGUGUCCCUGUAAUCUCAUCAAACCACCCAAAAGACAAAAGAGAGUGAAAAGAUUGCUAGUCUUCACAGAAUCACCAAAUUUAUUCGAUAAGGAAGGACAGAAAGAAAAGGCGUUUGAUUUGACCAAAGCUAAAUACGUGAUAAACCUGGAUCUGGAUAAAAAGUUGGAACGAAGAGUUCGACUUCUAGCUAGAAAAUGUCGUACACCUUAA